AUGUCUGCUUUAAAAAAGAAAUCAAAUAGGAGAAAAGGAAAUAGAGUGGCUUGCGUUCAAGAAACUAGGUGGAACGGGCAAAAAGCAAACGUUUUAAAGGGUUAUAAGCUAUGGUAUGUAGGUUUGGAUGGAAAGAAAAGUGGAGUUGGUAUUCGUGUAGCUAAUGAUAUCCUAAAGCAAGUGUUAGAAGUUAAGAGGUGCAAUGAUAGGAUUAUGCUAGUUAGAAUAGUAGUGGGAGAAGAGGUCAUAUCGAUCAUUAGUGCGUAUGGGCCGCAAGUUGGGCUAGAUGAAAAAGUCAAACGUGAGUUUUGGGAUAACCUGCGGGACCUUAUAGAUACCAUCCCUGCCGAUGAAAAAGUUUUUAUAGGUGGAGACUUCAAUGGACACAUAGGUAAGGAGGCAAUUAACUAUAACGAGAAGAGAUCUUGCUUGAGUUUGCAGAUGCCUACCCAACAUAGGUUAUUAGUAUUAGUGUUUCGUAUGAGGAGAAAGAUUGCCGAGAAGAAGAUAAAGGUCAGACAAACGAUCGUAUGGGGUAGACUUAAAGGGGAUAUGGUCGCAACCUUAUCAAGUAAGAUCAAGACGUCGAGCUACCCAAGUAUAUCAGACGAUGCAAAUCAAAUGUGGGUGACCAUGGCGGAAACCAUUCGAAAGGUGGCAAAGGAGAUAUUAGGGGUGUCGACGGGUAAACCAAAGGUGUACAAAGAGUCAUAUUGGUGGAACGAAGAAGUACAAAAGAAGAUAAAGGACAAGAGCAAGAAAUUUAAGGAGCUCAUAGCUUGCAUAAGAAGGAGGAUAGGACGCAUAAGAAGGAGGAUAUGA